AUGUCGAAAAAUAGUCGUGCUCGUUUUGGGGUGGCUGUAGACAAUGGAGGAAGAAUGCAACAGCCACCUGCCUUGUUGCAUUCAACAUUACCAACAACUACUAUAGUUCUAAACUUACGAAAAUAUCUAGCAAUAAUUUCUCUCAUGCUCAUUGUUUCGACGCUUUGGAGCGCCUACUACAUCAAUACAAAUCCGCAUCGUAUAAUACAACUUCCGGUUGGUACCUCAUACGAGGCAUUCAAAGAAGGCCAACGGAAAUGUGUGGAACUAAAAAAACGACCGAUUGACUACUCGGGCAGAGAGAGAACUAAUAACCCGAGACGAGAGCCCGACACGCAAACCAUUCUUUUGAAAAAUGGGAUAAUUCUCGACGGUAUUGGUAACAAAAUUCAGGGAGACGUAGUUCUUAAAGAUGGAUUGGUGUUUGCUGUUGGUGAGAACUUGACGGUUGAAGACCAAUACGUUAGAAUGAUCGAUGUGAAUAAGAAGUUCAUAUCACCAGGGCUUGUUGACAUGCAUAGACAUUUGAAAAACAUGAAUCACUUGGGCGUUGACUCUUUGCCGGAAUUAAGUGGUAAUGCAGAUUACAAUGAAGAGACUAAUCCGAUUACACCUUAUUUCCGUACCAUUGAUGGUCUUAAUCCUAGCGAUCUAGCCAUUCCAAUUAUUGCAUCUGGAGGUAUCACAACAUCAUUAGUUUUACCCGGAAGUGCUAAUGUAAUAGGCGGCGAAGCCUACGCAAUCAAGUUACGUCCUGUAAAAACGUUGUCCGUUGAAGAUAUGCUGGUUAAUGCACAUUUAGAUUCGGAAAAUGAGAAAUCGUGGAGGUGGAUGAAGAUGGCUUGUGGGGAAAAUCCCAAAACUGUUUACGACAAAUCACGAAUGGGUCAAGGUUGGUUACUCAGAAAAGUGAUAUUUGAGGCAGCAACGUUAAAACGGAAACAAGACGACUGGUGCGAUAGUGCUGAUAAAAUCGGUAGCGGCGAGCAAUUGAAUACUCGAUUUCCCGAAGAUUUGGCGUAUGAACCUUUGGUGGCGUUGUUGAGAGGUGAUGUGAAGUUGAAUGUGCAUUGUUACGAGACUUACGAUAUAGAAGCUCUAAUUAGGCACUCGCUCGAAUUCGAUUUCCCCAUUGCUGCGGUUCAUCACGCACUGGACGCGUAUCGUAUUCCAGAUAUUGUAAAACGCGCAAAAAACCAGAUCACGAUUGCCACAUUUUCCGAUUUAUGGGGAUACAAAAAAGAGGCGUUUCAGGCUAGUACCAAAGGUCCAAAAAUUUUGGCGGAUGCUGGAAUUCCUGUUGCAUUGAAAAGUGACCAUCCUGUGACUAACGCGCAACAUUUAGCCUACGAAGCAGCAAAAUCUCAUCAUUACGGACUCGAUGAGAAUCUUGCGUUGGCCGCUGUCACUUCUGUACCAGCCAAAGCUCUCGGUCUUGACCACCGUAUCGGUCGAAUUGCUGCUGGAUAUGAUGCCGACCUUGUGGUUUGGGAUUCUCAUCCACUUUCCCUUGGUGCUGCUCCAUUAGAAGUUUAUAUUGACGGAAUACCUCAGUUUGGAACGUUAAACUCUGUUUUAUCACAACCUUCCAAAAAAAAACCAUUAUCAAAAAAUUCCCCCAAUUCAGAACCAAUCGAACAACGAAAAACACGCACUGCCUCUUCUGUCCUUAUUAAAAAUAUCGGAAAGGUCUAUCUUGAUGAAAACUCUGAACUUGAUGCUAUUACCUCGGAUAGUGAACUGAUAAGCUUAUUUGUCAAAGAAGGGAUUAUUGAAUGCCUAGGAGUAUCAUGCAAUGAUGAAACGGUUUCUAAUACGAUUGAUGUCAUUGAUUUGAAUGGUGGAUAUGUGUUGCCUGGAAUUACGGCAGUCUGCUCGGAUCUUGGACUAGCAGAAAUAAUCAGCGAAGACACCGCGAAUGACGGAAAUGUCCUUUCUCUAUCCCAUCCUAAUGACACGGAUCACUUAGUUUAUGCAAUUGACGGAUUAAAAUUCGGCGGUAGACAUUUGGAGGAGGCAUAUAAGGCUGGGAUUCUUAGUGCAGUGACUCCGCCUUUGUCGAGUGAGGGCGUAGUUAAUGGAAUUUCUGUUGCAUUUAAAACAGGCGGGAUAAUUGUAAUUGACGACGAGGAUAAUGUAGUUAUUAAGGAGCACGUCGCGCUGCAUUUCAAAAUUGGAAAUUAUUUCUUGGAUGAUAAAAUUACCACAGUUUCAUCACAAAUCUCUUUUCUUCGUCAAGUCUUUAUUUCAAACAUCAAAAGCCCCUCUACAAACAUUUAUGGACGAGCUGCACGUGGUGAAAUCCCUGUAGCAAUCUACACAAACAAUAAAGACGAAAUAGCCACACUCAUCCGCCUAAAAAAACAAGUGUUCCGACAGGGUGGUAAACUACGUUUAGUUAUUGUUGGUGGCGCUGAAGCACAUUUACUAGCCGAAAAAUUAUCGGAAAACGAUAUCCCCGUUGUAUUAUUACCACCUCGUCCAACUCCAGGUCUGUGGACUGCGCAACACGUGUUAACCGGGCCACCGUUGACAAAUACCACUGCGAUUGAGAUCCUACAUGCAAAUAAUGUGCUUUUGGGAAUUGGCGUGGAUGAUUCGGGGCUCGCGAGAAAUUUGGUCUGGGAUGCUGGGUGGGUGUUGAAGGAUUCGGGUGGUGAGAUUAGCGAGAAAGAGGCAGUUGGGUUUAUUACUUGGAAUUUGGCUAAAAUCUUUGGUCUAAAAAAGGAUUCUGAUUAUGAAGAUAAUAAUGUUACUACUACUUCAAUUAAUGGGUUGACAAAAGGGACUUUAGCUGAGUUUGUUGCUUAUGAUGGAAAUCCUUUUGAUAUGAAAACGCGAGUUCGGGUUGUUGCGGGUGGUGGACGCAAAAAUGUACUGAUUGAUCCCGUACCAAGCUAA